UAAUACAUAAAAAGUUAAAAGAUGAAUCACUUUACAGUUUUCUUCAUUUGAUUUAAAUAACGUUUUUAAACGUUUAAAAGUAUAUGUAAACGUAACAAAACAACAUAUUUCAUUCAAGGCACAUUUGAAGUCCUCAAAAGCAAAUACAAGACAAAUAUUUGAAUAAAGAAUAAGAUUCUGCAGGGUUUCUCUGUUUUUCUGACCGGUAUCAGAUGUCUUUGAUAUCGAAACAUCAUCAUUUCAUUGACAAGAAAACUGAAAAAGUUCAAAUGACGCUGAUCUGAAUCAAAACCUCAUUAUAAUCGGUUUAAAAAUCCGCUGUGUAAAAUCUCUGAGCUUAUAUAGAAAAUGGAGACUUUCAUGCGCGUGAAGUUAAAAGAAUAGCUGCUGCGUAACGUAGACGAUCAUUCUUGCGCAUCCGACACCGGCAUCGUUUUGCUCCGUUAAUAAUGUCAUCUUACACACCGACAACAUGAACAGAUCGUUAACGUUACACGUACAGUCGCCUACACUCUGUUUAUGUAUUAGCACGCGCGUGUAUGUAUGUGUGUGUGCGCGCGGCGCGGAGACCUGACGCGUCACAGCUCGCUCUGCACCAGCCGAGGCUCCGGUGCUGAAGAGUCUCUGCAGUCGCAGCUGAAGGACUACGGCAGCCAGGUUGAAUGUUGGCCGGGUUAAGGAGCGUGGCAGGAUGGCGUCCACGGGCACGCAGAUCUUUGCCUUCGUGCUUUCGCUGCUGGGCAUCUUAGGUGCCACGGUGGCCACGCUAUUGCCCAACUGGAAGGUGAGCGCAGACGUUGGCUCCAACAUCAUCACUGCCAUCUCGCAGAUGCAGGGGUUGUGGAUGGACUGCACCUGGUACAGCACGGGUAUGUUCAGCUGUACGUUAAAAUACUCUGUGUUGGCGCUGCCCGCGUACUUGCAAACGGCACGCACCACCAUGGUGCUUUCCUGCGUCCUGGCGGCGUUAGGAUUAUGUUUAGCCUCUUUGGGAUUGAAGUGCACUCGCUGGGGAGGUGGACGGCGCGCUAAACGCCACGCCGCCGUGGCCGCCGGUGCCUGCUUUCUGACCUCUGGCUUUCUCUGCCUGGUUCCUGCCUCCUGGUACACCAACGAGGUUAUUGUCAGCUUCCUAGACGUCAACGUGCCGGAGAGCAACAAGUUCGAGCCGGGCGGUGCCGUCUAUGUAGCCUUUGUCUCGUCCGGUUUCCUUUUCGUAGGUGGGUCCAUUUUCUGUCUGUCCUGUUCGGGUAAGCGGCACGGCCCGCACGAUUUGAUACUGAUGCCUCCGGAUAAACUCCUCUUGCAGCAGCAACAGCAACUGCUGCAACAACAGCAGCAACAGGAGCAGCUCCAACACCAGUACUGCUCUCUCUCGCCUCUGGACAACAAGACCGGCUACAGCGUACAGGACUACGUAUAAGGGGGGAAACGUUUGAGGAGCCGGACACGUGCGACGUGCCCCUCAACUCCCAUGGCUCUCGUGAUUAUUAUGAGAGGGACCACAGCUCCCUCUUUCUGUCCACACAUCUUUUUUAAGAUCAGCAAGCACAAAAACUGGAGGUAUUCCCCCCCUAAGCGACAUCUUGGAGCAGAUGACUGCUAAAGCUCUGUGACAGACUGAUAAAAAACGAGAUGAAGACGACGAAUAAAAGCACAUAUCCAGCAUCCUAGUAAAUCUAAUUAAAGUGUGUUCCCCUGGGAACGGAUUAGCACCGAGAGAAUGUUUCUGCUACGUCAAAUCCCGAACUCCCCCCCUUCCCAAAGAUUAGAACUUAGAAGCAAUUGUUUAGCUGCUAACAAUCGUUUGAUAACCUCUGUUCGAAAUAUGAUGGCAAUAUGUCUCUAAGAGGCAAUGGUAUGGAAGACCCCGUGUGUGGGAGAUUUGCUUUCCUUUGUAUUCGAGUAAUGAUUGUGUUAAUGAAAUGUUAUUUUGGUAGCCGAUAGGAUGAUUGAUAUUCUGCCUAAGCAUGCUUUCUGGAGCCUGUGCAUAAUGCAGUGGAAUGCCUGAUGUAGACUGAAUCGUAGCCAUAUAGCCUGUGCCUAAAGAUGUGUAGUAUAUAAACCGCUCAAACUGUUUAGAGAAGCACGAGGAGGGAGUGAAUAGGGGUUGCUGGGUCAGGCUUAUAUGGGAAAUCCAUAAAGGCUGAGAGGAGACUGCCCCUUCUUACAUCAAGUGAAUGGUUUGACAUUUUGCGGUGCGAUUUUUUCCCAAAACAAUAACACGCUGCGUCGCUGUGCGCUACUCAUGCAGAUGCUCAUAUAUACACAAUCCUGCAUGCAUGCAUUUCAUUUCACACUGCCAUGAAAACCACAUUUAAAUACAUGCAUUGUAGGUUGUAAUCCUCUAUAGAAUCCUCUUGGUAUUGGGCUGUCCUAAAAUAAGCUGGAGUGUCAUAAAUCUAAAUCUAGAAACAAACCUUAUGUGACACAUUCACUUAGAUUGGAGGGGUGUGAGGGUCUUGACCCUAUACUGAAUCUAAUCUUCAGCACAAUGGAAAUUUGUGACCCCGUCUGUGAAAUCCAGGCUAAAGUCUCAUUUUGAGAUGAGGAGCAUAAAAAUUGGAUUGACAUGAUCUUACUCAGUCAAUAUUAAAGAUAUCAAGGUUAUUUUAUUUUUCACAGAAUGUUCUUUGCAUUAUUUAUGAUGAUUUUAUGUAAAUCACAAAAACAGGCAGGGUCAUGUUUAUUUAUGUGAUCUUAGACCACAAAAGCAGUCAUAAGGUUUUUAAAACUUAGAUCAUCUGAAAGUUGGAUAAAUAAAUAAAGCUUUCCACUGAUGUAUGGUAUGUUACGAUAGGACAAUAUUGGGGCAGAGAUACAACUAUUUCAAAAUCUGAGGGUGUAAAAAAUCUAAAUAUUGAGAGAAUUGCCUUUAAAGGGAUAGUUCGGCCAAAAAUGAUAUUAAACCCAUGAAUAUUAUUUUUGAAAAUGUCCUAGAUUUUUUAGUUUAUAAAAUGCAA